AUGUCGGAAGUGGGUGUUUAUCCUUCUAAUGAAGUUAACGCUUUUGCUACGGGUCCGGCGGGUAAUACUUUAAUUGCCUUUUCUAGUGGUUUAGUUAAUAUCAUGAGCAUUGAAGAAAUUCGGGGAGUAGUCGGGCAUGAAUUAUCUCAUCUCAUUCAUUAUGAUUUAAAGAGGAUUUUACUAGUUCAAGCAGCUGGCAGACAUCCGGGAUUGGUAAUCUCCAACGACGAACAAAACAAAUUCAGCCCUUUAAUUACUAUCUUACCCUUAACUAGUCAAGUAGAUAAGAUUUAUCCGUUCCAAGUAUUCAGUGAAAUAAAAGUGCAGAAAUUUGACGGUAAAUUAGGAGAAAUAGAUAUGGAAAUGAUGGAGCAAAUUGAACGAGCUUUACACUUAACUUUGGCUUUAAAGACAUUAAGUCCUGAAUAA